GACGGAGCUUCACGUAAAAUUCGGUGUUAUUUUAAAAGGUUUAAAGAUGGGGCGGAACCUUACUCUUAUCGCGACGCUGUACGGACAUAUUUCUGAGACGGACGAAUCCUGGUAACGACGGAAAGUCAAUGCACCUUAGGCCUGUUUGCGAAUUUUGCUUUGUUCGAUGUUUUAUCUUUUGUUUAAUUGCUAGUUUUGUAGUUUAAGUGACCGCUGGGUCUCAUUCUAAGCAGUUGCUAAAGAUGUGGAGGAAAAGCUCGUCUGAUGGCUCUGACCGGUUUGAAUAUUUACAAACUCUGGUCACUGAAUUUCAGGACACCGACAGUGAAGAGGCAAAGGAGCAGGUGCUGGCUAACCUGGCCAACUUUGCGUAUGACCCGAAGAACAUGGAGUAUCUGCGGGAGCUGCAAGUGACCGACCUCUUCUUGGACAUGCUCACUGAGGAGAAUGAGAACUUUGUGGAGUUUGGGAUGGGAGGGCUGUGUAACCUGAGUAUGGACCCUGCAUGUCGAGAUGUUAUCCUGCAGAGCAGUGGGAUCAGCUUGGUCACUAACUGCCUGUCAAGCCGGAGGGAAGAGACCGUCCUGUCCGCCAUCACCACACUGAUGAACCUCACAACGCCCUCGUCACGCCCUGAGAUCACUGAUCCGGCCAUCCUGCAGUGCAUGCUGCGCUUCUCCCUCUCAGAGAGCCCACGUCUCCGCAACCUGGCAGGUGUUUUCCUGCAGGACUGCUGCACUGAGGAGCAGGUGGUCCGAGCAGAGGAGCAGAUGAAGGGACAGCAGACAGCAGUCGGGAUUCCGCUGCCCAAAGACUGAAGACGGCUGACGCAUUCAUGUGGUUUUUUGCUGCACAUGCGUCAUGUUGAACCCCCCCAGAAACAACAGUUUGCUGUUUGCUCAGAUGUUUUUCAGAGGUGGGACCCACAUCAUCGACGGGCGCAAAACCCAGUGGCAGAAAACCCAGCGAGCAGCCUGCAGUAAUGAGGGGUCACUAUCUACAGUCAGUUGGACGGAUUUACUCGGGGACAAACUACGCUUUCAAAUGACUCCCUGGAACUGUUAAUACUGAGUGGAUUAUCUGGCUGAAACACAGCAGAACCAACUGAAGGAGUCUUAGACGGAGGGACGCUGGUUUUAUCUGAUGUGCCGCCUUGGGACGAGGUCCGCCGCCCUUCUGGGUUCACCUAAGAGGACCUGGUGUGCGUGCAGACAAGCUAAUAGCUCCCUUUUCCCUCCUGUCUGGGGGCAUUCGGGGCAGGCCUGUUCAAACACAACGCCAUGUCUGCAGCCAUCCCAUGAGGGAAACACAAGAACCAGAGGGGAGUUAAACUAAUUUAUCACAGCCUGUUACUGCAGCUGCUAAUUUUAGAUCUGUUUUUCAGUCUGGAUGGAUGCGAGAUAAACCUUGUCAUUUAUAUGCGAGGGUCAGGAUGUGCGGAAUUACCUUUCCAGUCACAGUGAGCGGGUAGCUGUUGACAAAAAGUACGUAGCGAGGAAUCUUGAAGCGAGCGAUCUGAAAGCAAAAGACAGAAGGGAAGUGAGCAGCGUCGUUCAAACUGUUCCGCAGGAAGAUGAAGAACGACGUAAUUCCAGCUCACUAUGUGAUAUUAAAAGGGCGUUGUGUCUCACCUUCCCCUUGCAGUAAGCUUUGAUUUCUUCUGCUGUGCAGUCCUGUCCGUCCACCAGCUUGAUGCAGGCACACGCCUCUUCACCCAUACGGUUAUCAGCAACUCCAACCACCUGACAGACGGAAACAAAAGGACAUGUAGCUCCACAGCAAGAGAACCCAAAACAAGCAAAUUAACACAAAGCGACAUAAGGAUCCCCUCCAGACCUGUUGUAAGAGCAAAAAAUACAACUCUGUUUAGUGUUACGCCUAGUUUAGUGUUGUAGUUGAGUGUGCAAUAUUAUUGGGUUUCAUUUUUGCUGAGUGUGUUCUGGUGUCCACGGUUACAGGAAACAGCCGUGACGUGCCGUCAAAGUGUCUCCGAUCGAGCUCACCUGGGCCUCCUUGACUUUGGGGUGUGUGUGCAGGAACUGUUCGAUCUCAGCUGGGUAAAUGUUCUCUCCUCCUCUGAUGAUCAUGUCUUUAAUCCUGCCCUCGAUGCGGCAGUAGCUGUACGCAUCCAAGGUGCCGAUGUCUCUGCGGGGGACAUUCAGGCACCCGCAUGCAGAUUAAAUCACACGACAAAACGCUGCGUGUUUGCAGGUGUCUUUCUUAUUACAUGUGCUUGUUGAGGCUGAGGCUGUGUGACGCUUUGUGCAGAAGACAAACAGCCUCCACUCACCCGGUUUUGUACCAGCCGUUUUUAGUGAUGCACUCUUCUGUUUUGACUCGAUCUCCCCAGUACUCCAACAUCACGCAGUAUCCUCGGAUCAUAACCUCCCCCUUCUCCCCCAGAGGCAUCACCUCUCCUGUUGUAGGGUUCACGAUUUUAGCCUGCGGAGCAGUCGAUUCAUGUUUUUAAAGUUAUCAGCGUUUACUGAAGCAACAAUUCAAUGCAAUGUCAAUGAACUUUCAUGGGAAAGUGUUUGUUUUUGUUUUGCACUGUACUUUCAAACUAACAAUUAAUUAAUUAAAUGCUUCUUUUUACACAAAAAUAAAGUUUAAAAGGACUGA